AUGAGUUCACCAGCAAAUUUGUAUCCUGGGUUAGCGGAUAUUACCGAUGUACUAGAAGAAUUUCCAGUUGAGACCUCUAGAUAUCUGACAUUACUUCAUGAGAUCGAUGCUAAGUGUGUGCAUACGUUACCUGGAUUGCAUGCCAACAUUGAUAGGUUUGUGGGAAGCAAAGGGGACAAAGAAGGAGGGAAUAAGUUAGACACCUUGGGCGUAAUUAAUAGGCUAUUUGAAGAGUUAAUUCCGUCGCUAGAAGAGAAGAUGCAUGUAUCGUCUAUUAUGUUGAAGACUAUGGAGGAUUUGACGGAACGGUUGGAAUUGGCGUAUGAAGUUGCGAUCAAGAACAAGGAAAUACCUGAAAAGUUGAGAUUAGGAGUAGAUAACCACCCAGCCAUGCAUCUUCACCAUGAAUUGAUGCAAAAGAUAGAGGCUACCAAGAAUGGGAGUGGUGCGAAGUCAUCGCAAAGCUUGAAGAGUGAAUCUCGAAGGGAGGCGAUGGCAGCUAAUAAGAAACUUCAACAGCAGCCCGGUGAUGGUAAGCCUGUAUCUAAUAGCAGUAGCGCCAGUAGCACCAGUAAUCCAGGGACCAGUGUUGGUACUACGCACAAUGGCGGUAAUAGCAAUGAUAAUCCCGGCCAAGGUCAGGGACAAGGACAAGGACAAGGACAAGGACAAGGACAAGGACGUAAAAGGGUUGCGGCCAGUAGUAUCACGACUAUGCCGAGCAGCAACGUUACAAAUAGCAUGAGUGAAACGAAUAAAAAACGUAAGAACAAUAGUAAUAGCAACAAGACAUCUACAUCUGGGAGUAAUAGCACCACCACGACAGCGACAGCGACAACGACGACAGCAGGUGCAAGUGCAGCUGGCACUGGCGCAGGCACUGCCGCUGGGACUACAAGCGGGAGCAGUAGUGGACACAAGCCCAAAGUCAAUGAAUAUGGGGAACCGUUAUACUGUUAUUGUAAUCAAGUUGCGUAUGGAGAGAUGGUAGGAUGUGAUGGGGCCAAUUGUGAGUUGGAAUGGUUUCAUUUGCCGUGCAUUGGACUGACGACGUUACCAAGAGGCAAAUGGUAUUGUGAUGAUUGUAAGAAGAGGUGA